AUGACUCGUGAUACAUUUGCUGAUGACCUCGAUGAUGGACUCGAAUACGACGCUACUUUGGUAGCCGAAUCAGAUGACGAAGGUCACUUAAUACUGGACUCAGAGCAAGUGGAUGCUCCUCAAAACGAAAGAGCUGUAGAACCAGCCGCUACAUCUAAAAAGAGAAAGGCAGGAGGUUCUAAACUCCAACAAAAGAAGAAGAUGAAAAUGGAAAUGGAUAUUAAUCAAAAGAAAAAUUUAUCUUUAGAGCUGUCUCCAGAGGCUAUUACAGACUUUGUAAAUACUAGAAUUAGACAUAAGAACCCAGACCUCUCAGCAUUGGAGCUUGCAGAGUUGUAUUUUGAUAAGUCUGCCUUUAGAGCAACAGGUGACUAUAAAGAGACAAGAACUUUGGAUAACUUAGCACCAUUCAUUACAGGAAAAUUCGACAAUAUGUUACCAGGAAAGAAAGCUAAGAAAGAAAAGAAGAAUAAGAAGAAUUCGAAGAAGAACCAGAAAGAGGAAACAAAUAGGGAAGUAGUAGAGGCAGAAUCUGAACGUAAAUUUGUAGCCUUAUUAUCGAUGUCAGCACUCCGUGCAUGCGAUAUUCAUCGGGCAACCCGUGAUCUUCCAGGAUCCUCGUUGAAGCUUAUCAAUAAGAACAAGAUAGAUGUUGAUUUAAAGCUUGUGAAGACCACCCAUUCGAGAGUAUUGUGUUGUACUCCUGGUAGAUUAGAGAAGGUUCUUACAACUGAAGAUAGUGGAUUGCAGGCAGAAGAAAUAAAAAUUGUAAUUCUUGAUAACUCCUACUUGGACCAGAAGUGCCAAAAUAUAUGGGACAUCAAGGAAACCUUGUCUGUAUUGAAGAGCUUGACUAAAUCUGGAUCAAAGGUUUACCUUUACUAA